AUGGGCCGCUACGACGACGUCCGCCGCGCGGGCGGGCUGAACAUAAACCCUAGUGGCGGAAUAAUCGACUGGAGGUACCUGGCGUUUCUGUUCGAAAACGUCGACCCGUACUUCUUCGCGUCCGCGGGCGUCGCCGCCGCGAUCGGGCUCAGCGUCCUCGGCGCGGCGUGGGGGAUCCUCAUCGCGGGGAGCUCGCUGAUCGGCGCGGCGGUGCGCACGCCGAGCCUCGCGAGCAAGAACCUCAUCUCUAUCAUAUUCUGCGAAGCCGUCGCCGUCUACGGCGUCGUCGUCGCCGUCGUCCUCUCGACGAAGACGACGGUCGCGCCGAUUCGUUUACCCGACGGUUCGUAUUCCCCGCGCGCGAUGGCGAGCGGGUACGCGACGUUCGCCGCGGGGCUCACCGUCGGCCUCGCGAACCUGUUCUGCGGCGUGUGCGUUGGCGUCGUGGGCAGCGCCGCCGCGCUCGCCGACGCGCAAAACCCGACGCUGUUCGUGAAGGUGCUCGUGAUCGAGAUCUUCGGCAGCGCGCUGGGGUUGUUCGGGGUCAUCGUCGCGAUCAUCAUGAGCGGCUCGAUCGACUUCAAAGGCGCGUGA